AUUCAGAUGAGCUUCAAUCAUUAAGAAACAAGAAAAGAAGGAGACAGGACAGCCUCCUUCCUCCUUUCCCCCAUUGAAAAAGCUCCCUUUCUAACCUCACAGCUCUAUUCCGAUUCAAAUGAUUCAAGAUUGCACCAGGGGGCGCCCUCAGAUAUGAGAAAGGAACAUCAGGUGCUUCCCCUUUGGGCCACUAGAGGGCUGGCUUUCCAGAGGAGGCUGCGAAGGCAGGGACAUCCCUGAGCCUUGCCAUUCUAGAACACAGCACUCGCUCUCCUUAACUAUUUGGAACUCUGCAGUGAAAAGGCUGCAGGAGAGAUUUGCAGGGGGGAGAUCCAGACGUGAUGGUGGGUGAGGGCUCUUCCCAUGCAAAGAGAGGCUGAGGAGAGAGAGAGAGACACGUGCCCAGGCCUCCUCCGGGUUCAGUCCCAGAUCCCAUGCAAUGAUGGAGGAAAGCACCAUGCGCUCAAAAAUUCAAGCCUGGAACUUCAGGAGCCUCCGAUACCAGGAGGCUGAGGGUCCCCGAGGACUUUGCAGCCGACUCCACAAUUUUUGUAGGCGAUGGCUGAGACCAGAAAAGCACACCAAAGCCCAGAUGCUGGACCUGGUGGUUUUGGAGCAGCUCCUCUUCCUUCUGCCCCCAGAGAUGCAGAGUUGGGUGCGGGGGUGUGGAGCAGAGACCAGCUCCCAGGCUGUAGCCCUGGCAGAAGGUUUCCUCUUGAGCCAGGUGGAAGAGCAGAAGGAGCAGUCCUUCCCUGUGGACAUCAGAGAUUCUGUGGGAAAGAGGAUUCUAUUAAACCCCCCUCGGGAGCUGCUUUUCUGGAGGAUCCCUCAAGAAGAUCGAAGUCAGGACAUCUCGGGAGGGAAACAUAGAAUGAAGUUUUCUGGUCUGCAUGAUGGAGCUGGAACUGUAGUUGAACCUUCAAAUCAAUCAAGUUGGGGAAGUAAGCAAGGGAGCCUUGUGACAUUCAAGGAGGUGGCUGUGAAUUUUUCUGAGGAGGAGUGGUCUCAGUUGGAUCCUGACCAAAAAUUGCUGCAUUGGGAAGUCAUGCUGGAAAAUCAUAGGAACGUGGCCUCUCUGGAUGAUAAUAGGCAGGAAAGUCAAGAUUCCUGUGAACUGUUCCAAGUGAUCAAUGCUGGAGAAGGAAUGGAGAAGUCUGCAAUUCAAAUGGAAGCAGAAAGCCAUGAGAGAAAGCAAUCAAAUGAUCAGAGUCAGGAAAACUCAUCUUCCAUUGAUGCUCUAACGCAAGACUUUCUUGCCCCAAAAGUGAAAACAAGGAAACAAGAUUUUGGGAAAAGUAUGAAGGAAAUCAAAGCUAAAUUACAUGGAAAUGAACACUAUCCAAUCCAAAACAAAGGAGAAGAUGCUAUACGAAGACGUAAUGGAAAAGAUUACACUUUCAUGCUUUCUCCUGGAAAUAGGUCUGUUACAUCUCAAAAAGAGAUCCAUGCAGAAGAGAAGCCUUAUAAAUGUGUGGAAUGUGGAAAGAGUUUUAAAAAUAAUGGCCAACUUACUUCCCAUAAAAGGAUUCACACAGAGGAGAAGCCAUACAAAUGCAGAGAAUGUGGAAAGAAGUUCAGAGGAUGUAGCAAUCUUAUUUCUCAUAGAAAGAUCCACAUAGGAGAGAAGCCCUAUAAAUGCAUGAAGUGCGGAAAGAGCUUCACUUAUAGUAAUUCUCUUACUUCCCAUUACUGGAUCCACACAGGGGAGAAGCCACAUAAAUGUGUGGAGUGUGGAAAGGGCUUUACUCGUAAAAGUAAUCUUGAUAUACAUGAAAGGAUCCACACAGAGGAGAAGCCACAUCAAUGUCUGGAGUGUGGAAAGAGCUUUGCUAUUAAAAGUAAUCUUACUCGCCAUAACAGGAUCCACACUGUGGAGAAGCCAUACAAAUGCAGAGAAUGUGGAAAGAGUUUCCAUGAAAAUGGAUCACUUAUGUUACAUAAAAGGACCCACACAGGAGAAAAGCCAUAUAAAUGCAUGGAAUGUGGAAAGUCCUUUACUCUGCGUCAUCAUCUUACUUCCCAUAAAAGAAUCCACAUGGGAGAGAAACCAUAUUUAUUUAUUUAUUUAUUUAUUUCGAAUUUAUAUACCGCCCUUCUCCCGGAGGACUCAGGGCGGUGUACAGCCACAAAUAAGAAACAUAAAAUACAAACAUUAAAAACAAUUAAAAGAAUAUAUAUCUAUUUGGCCCCAUAAUUUAAAAAGUGACAAACCAAUAAAAAACAUUUAAAAAAUUUUUAAGCCAGCCCGGCUUGCUGGAAAAAGAGUUUUAAGGGCACGGCGGAAGGCACUGAAGUCUUGGAUUCUCCUUAUCUCUGGGGGCAGCUGAUUCCAGAGGGUAGGAUCCCCCACAGAGAAAGCCCUCCCCCUGGGGGUCACCAGCCUACAUUGUUUGGCUGAUGGCACUCCGAGGAGGCCCUCUCUGUGGGAGCGCACAGGUCGAUGGGAGGUCAUCGGUAGCAGCAGGCGGUCUCGAAGAUAACUAGGUCCUGUGCCAUGGAGCGCUUUAAAGGUGGUAACCAAAACCUUGAAGCGCACC